AUGGAUAGAUUAAAAACAGGCAAUGAUAUUCAGUUAAAAAUAAGCAAAGAGGAUAUCGAGAAAGUAUUCGAUACUCCAGACGGGUUUGAUAUCGAACAUGUUGUUAAGUUAGAGAAAUGGGAUACGAUUACCUGUGAUGAUUUACUAAUCUAUGAUAAACAAUAUGAAAUGCUAUACAAACAGAAAGAUAUAUUUUCCACUAUGUCAAGAGAAGUUUUUGAAGAAACAGGAUUAGAUAUCAAAAAGAUUUCCUGUGAGGUUAAAUACUUUGGGUUUGAUAAGAAGAUUUUUGAAACAGAUGGGAUAGUCAACCAUGUAUUUCUAAUUAUCUUUGAUAGUUAUGAUUUUAUUCCUUAUUCAAAAGAAAAGAAAAGAGGCAAUGAAGUUAUUACUUUGAAUUCGUAUGAUAUUUUGAAAAGGAUAAAUGAUGACAAGGAUAAAGAGACAAAAUGUUUCAUACCAACUAUUGAGAAUAUAUUCGAAGAAGUGAACAGUUACUGUAAACUGAUCAAGAAUGAGAUUAUCUUAUUUGGUGGACCAUAUUCUGGGUUAUCAGAAGGUGUUAAGAUAUGCACUGCUUUUUUCAAGAGUAUUGAUCUCGAGAUAUCUAGUACAUUAACACUCCCAGACUCUUAUCGUGAUCGGAAGG